AUCAACUGGCAAUCAAGUUAGCCAUGAAAAUAUCAUGACGAAGACGGAUAAGUUGUGUUAGGUUGCUGGAAAUUUCUUAAAUUUAUUUUAUAUGAGGAUAAUAAAUAACUCAAACUUAAGUGAAUACACUUGACAAUGGGGACAGUUCACUGCAAGGAUGUACCUCCUGAUCAAACCAUCGGAGACGUUCGGUCGCACUUUGCGGCAACUGGCUUACAGGGUGAAAGAGACCACUAUGAAAGUGAUAAGGGGCAGAGCACUGAACAGAAACAAAUAAACCUAGAUGGAGUCAAGGCCCGGGUGGACAAAAUCUAUGUGGAUGGAUUGUCCAGGACGAAAGAUGACAUCAUUAUUGCCACUGUAAGGGAUUUAUUCCAAGCAAAAGAUUUCCAGGAGGUGAUUGUUGGUGCACACAAAGUUCGUGGGAAACUUGAAGGAUUAGGGUGUUUCCGAAAUAUAGGAAUCUAUAUCGAUACAAGUUCUGGACCACAUGCUACUCCUGAAGGUGUUGAGGUCACAUUCUAUGUACGUGAAUUAAAGCGAAUUGUCGGUGGAGUGAGCACAUUAGUGGGAAAUAAUGAAGGCUCAUUGGUGGUGCAAAUGCGGUUGCCAAACAUCUUCGGACGAGGAGAGAAGCUACAGACAGAAUACAGUUAUGGGUCCCAGAAAACUUCCACUUUUAACCUCUCAUUUACAAAACCACUUCAAGGGAACUUAAAUCCAGUUUUUACUGGCACAGUGUUCCAGGCAGGAUCUGAGUGGCCUUCGUCAGGAUACAAGCAGAUUGAGAGGGGUCUUCUACUAGAUUUUGGAUUCAAUUCAACCCCCUUGGUUAGACACAACUUACAGUGGGAAGGAGCUUGGCGAGAUAUAUCGUGCAUGAGUCGCUCAGCUGCAUUCCAAGUGCGGGAACAGACAGGACCUAGUCUGAAGUCAUCAGUUCGUCACAUCUUGACGUUUGAUUGCAGGGAUGCACCCAUUCUACCCACCUGUGGUUCCCUCAUAAAGUUAACGCAAGAGUUUGCAGGUCUUGGAGGCAAUAUUGGCUUCUUUAAGAAUGAUCUAUGCUUGCAAAGCAAUUGGACCCUCUUAGCAGACAUGGUAGUUCAGGCAACACUGCAGGCUGGCUUUCUUACACGCAUUAACAACAGCCAGAAUGUUGGCAUUUGUGACCAGUUUUUUUUAGGUGGUCCUUUGUCAUUGCGAGGUUUCCAAGCAAGGGGUGUUGGGCCUCAUAAAGAUGGAAAUGCACUAGGUGCCAAUGCAUACUGGUCAGGUGGCCUUCAUUUAUUCACGCCUCUUCCAUUCAGUCCUGGCAAGGGAGGUUUGGGUGAUUUCUUCAGAACCCACCUUUUUGUAAGUGCUGGAAACCUGGACAAUGUUUAUUUAGGUAAAGAAAUGCCUACAAGUUUUCAGACUUUGAUGAGAACUGUGCGGAUGGCAUAUGGGAUUGGUGUGGCACUACGUCUUGGCCAGAUGGGACGUAUUGAGCUGAAUUAUUGUAUACCUGUCCUUUACCGGCGUGAAGACCAACCAAAUCAUGGUGUGCAGUUUGGUAUAGGUGUUCAUUUCCCAUAAUUAAAAUGUCAUACGAAAAAUCUGAUUUGCAGGUGUGGCAUGAGGCUGAGACAUAGCAUAAGUAGUUUAUAAGACUGGAGAGUGUUUGGAGACACCAAUAUGAAAUUGCUUUUACUACAUGCCUUGGAAUUCUGAAAGUGGUAAGCCUGUGAAAGAAUUCUGGAAGAUCUCAACUUUUGUUUGAGCAUAUUGUUGUCGCCACCAGAUCAUGCAAAUCAAGGCUAAUGUAGGUAUUUGUAGCUUGAAAUCAUGACAUGAAUAAAUUAAGAGACUUCAUAGUGUUCAUAAUUAAAUUAAAUUAUUUAUUUAUUUUCAUCUAAUUACAGUUCUAAAAAGAAGGUAACUGUUCUAUUAUUUUCAAUAAAAUGUUACAUAUUG